AUGCUAAACUAUACUCUGUCUACAGGCGAAGUUUUCGCAAUCGAAACUUUCGGGUCCACGGGACGUGGUUUAGUUCAUGACGAUCUCGAGGUUUCACAUUAUGCUAAAAGAUCAGAUAUUGAUACUAGCACCGUGCCCUUGCGAUUGCCGUCUGCAAAGUCCUUGUUAAGUGUGAUUAAUAAGAACUUUGGUACGCUUCCAUUUUGCCGGAGAUAUCUCGAUCGCCUUGGACAGGAACGCUACCUUCUUGGCCUGAAUAACCUCGUUACAAGUGGUAUAGUGGAAGCCUACCCGCCUCUUUGCGAUAUUAAGGGAUCUUACACAGCGCAAUACGAACAUACAAUUCUUCUGCGACCAACUUGUAAAGAGGUGGUAUCUCGUGGGAACGACUAUUGA